AGCACAUUAUCACUUUUCUUCUUGAUCAACUUAUCAAUACAAAAAAUUAAACGCAAUGAAGUUUCAAAAACAACCAAGCAAAUUCAUAAAACCAUUGGUUCCAACUCCUUCAAACCUUAAACACUACAAGAAAGGCUUCACCGAUGAACUCGCUCCGUUUGUGAAUGUAAAUAUCGUCCUUUUCUUUAGCAAAAAUCUCCAUCACGAUCCGAAGUUUGUUACCCAACUAGAAAAUUCCCUAGCAAAAACCUUGACACAAUUUUACCCUCUCGCGGGUAGAUAUGUUGAAGAAAGUGAGUAUGUUGACUGUAACGACGAAGGUGUUGAGUUCAUACAAGCCAAUGUUAAUGUCAAACUUGAAAAUAUUCUUGGUCCUGAGGUGACUAUUUUGUUUCUUGAGGAAUUUAUUCCAUUAGAAACAAAACCUCAAGAAGUUGUUCUUACAAUUCAAUUGACCACCUUUGAGUGUGGAGGGGUAGCACUUGGUGUAAGUGCUACACAUUCGGUUGUUGAUGCGUCGACACUAUGCACAUUCCUAAACAAAUGGGCUGCCAUGAACCGCGAAGAAAAUUGGACCAAAUUCACGACGCCUGGUUUCAUCUCAUCCUCGUUGUUUCCUGCUCGUGGUUUCCAUCCCAUGCAACUACCUCUUACUACCGACGAUCAUGUGUUAGACAAAUAUACAAGAAAGAAAUUAUCAUUUAGUGAAAGUGCAAUAUCUAGCAUGAAAGAAAAGGUCAAAACAAGCGUACACUUGUCAAAGGCGCAGUUAGUAUCCGCGAUCAUUUGGAAGGGUCUCAUUGGUGUGGAUCGCGCAACACAUGGUCAUCCAAGAGAGUCUAUGCUCUUCCAGCCAAUAAAUCUAAGGGAAAAAAUGGCUUCUUCAAUAUCCAAACAUGCUUGUGGAAAUAUUUGGGGGAUUUGUGCUACGAAACCUACGAUUCUUGAAACAACUAUAGAACUAGCGAAUCUUUUAAACGAAUGUGUCACGAAAGCAGUGAAUGACUACUCAAACGUACACCAUGAUAGCGAACAAGGGCAAAUGAUGGUUUUGAAUUCUUUCUUAGGUAUGACCCACAUUCCUGAAUCAACGAAAGCGAUUCCAAUAACUAGUUGGUGUAAGUUCCCUUUUUAUGAAGUUGACUUUGGUUUUGGAGAGCCGGUUUGGGUGGUUCCCGGGACUAUGCCUGUGAAAAAUUCAGCGUAUUUGAUCGACGAUAAGGAAGGUAAUGGAGUGGAAGCAUUUGUCUUUCUAGAAGUUAAAGAUGUCCCCUAUUUUGAAGAGGCACUAGAUCAUCUAGUCUAGAUGGCAAUGUUUUUGGUGCUUAAAAUCUGUUUAUUUUGCAUAUUUAUGAUCAUCGUGUCAAGCUCUUGCUUGGAGUCUGUUGUUAUAUGUUGUGUAUUUGUAAGUUUUAUGUUUUCUAGGUUAAUAUCAAGCAUACAUGACGUUGGAUUAUACUA